CUAUUUGACAGUGAGGGUCUACAACAUUUUCCAUUCCACAAAACUUCUCUGCACGAAAAAGAACAACUCCCAAACAAUGAUCGAGAAACGCUCACCGUCUCCUGAGUUCGACCCCUUAGCAGUUGGGACGGACUUGGCGCCUCUGCCGGAAUACAAAGCAGCAGCCACUGCCGGUUUCGACUUUGGCGGACUCCUCGCUCAACCAUUACGGCUUCAUGAGGACCUCGCCUCUGGGUGCGGUGGGCAAACAUGGCCAGCAGGCAUGGUACUAGCAAAGCACAUGCUUCGCUAUCAUCAAAACGAUUUGUGCCAGUCGAGAAUUCUAGAACUCGGUGCGGGCGGCGGAUUAGUGGGCCUCGCAGUUGCUCGAGGCUGUGAGAUCCAGCAACCCCUCAUUAUCACCGAUCAGCUCGAGAUGUUCUCGUUGAUGGGCCAUAACAUCGCGCUCAAUGAAAUGCAGGGUAUGGUCACAGCUGCAAUUCUGAAUUGGGGCGAAGCGCUUACCCAAGACAUUGUGGACUUCCAACCAGAUGUCAUUCUUGCAGCCGAUUGCGUUUACUUUGAGCCGGCCUUUCCUCUCCUCCUUCAAACAUUGACCGAUCUACUCACGCUGUGUCCUUCUGCGACCAUAUACUUCUGCUUCAAAAAAAGACGUCGGGCAGACAUGCAAUUUGUGAAGAAAGCACAAAAAGCUUUCAAUGUUGCUGAAGUACACGACGUGGACCGUCCGGUAUUCAGUCGGGAAGGUUUAUUUCUGUACACUAUUACAAGUAAAGCAUCGAAGCGUGGAUGAGCUAGGAUAAGAAUAGAUAUUCGGUAAGACCAAUAUUCCAUACCAACACGUUUCUUUCUCGGGAGCAUCGCACGUAGAAAUAAAAAUAAAUUGCGUACUGGGAGGACUCCUCUGUAUUGUUUUGUCAUACGUAGUUUGAGGCACUUUUCGUUGUCGGGACUCUCUUU